GGUCGAUUUGUACGUCACGCCCCCAUCCACUCUACCCAAUCGGCCUUGCGAGGCGCUAGUUUUGAUUUGAUUUUGCAGCGGCGUAGCGCCGAGGUGAGGGAGGGGCGGGGGUCCCCGGAAGGACCAUCGUGAGGCCUGGAGGAGCGCGAGCCUGAACUGCUCUGUAAAUGGCUUUGCUGCUGAAUCUCAUAAGGCAACUUCUAGAAUACUUUGGUGUACCAGCUGAUCAGUUCAUACCAAGGUGGGAAGCUCAUAUAGACAAUAGCAGCAUUGGCCAUAUGAUUGAAACAUGUCUUCCUUCAACCCCCUUCUCAAGAAGGCACUUUCAGCAGGUACAUGCUAUCAUAAGGAAAUGUCAGGUGAAGAUUAUAUCAGCUUGGCAAAGUAAGGAAUAUGGAUCUACGCGAAGCAUUGUUCGUAGACUUGGGACAGUUCUUUCUUUAGAACCUUGUCCAAGACCUCACUUUCAGAUGGUCCAAGUCCGGAAUUCUUUGGAUUAUGACGAACGAAGUACAACUCCAAACCCUGUAGUUCCUUCUCUUGGUGAUAUUCUGAGGGUGGUAAAUGAUGAGGGAGAAUCUUUUGCUAGAUUUAGGGCUGAAUCAAGGGGAAAGGAAAUAAUUACAGUUGACCAUGAUGUAUCUCCAGCUAUAGUUUCCUUGCCAACUGUUCUAAAAAGUAGAGCAGAGAAAGAAAAUCUUGUGAGUGAAGACGCAAUUAAAAAAAUUUCUGCACUUGAAAAUGAGUUAACCCUUCUUCGUGCACAGAUUGCUGCAAUUGUUGCAGUGCAAGGAUCAAGAAAUAGUAAUCAAUCAGGUUCAGAUGUCUUGAAUUCAUUUGGCAUUCCAAGUGGUUCUUUCCCAGUGCCAGCAAUGACUUCUACUCCAUUAUUCACCACACCAGAUCACUUUGUAAUCCCUCCACCUCCCCCACUUCCCUCUAUAGCACCAUCUGGCUUUGAUGCCAGUAAUUCGGCAAUUGAACUUAUUAAACAACGUCGUGCUGCAAGUAAGACCAGCUCAACAAUUGUUGACAAAACUGAACACCAGAAGACCCAGGGUGUUCUUAGUAUGAUGGAUGUUUUGAAGGAUAUAAACAAAAUCCGACUGCGAACUAUUGAGAAGUCACCUGGUGGUACACCUCUUCCUAAGACAAGGAAAAGGCGGAGUUCACAGUGGGAUCCAGCAGCUCUCCUAGCUCAGGCUCUAAAGCAGAAAUUUGCACAUCAAAAUGGCAAUGAUUCAUUGGACAAAGAAAACAGAUCUUGUGACAACUCUCCCUUUUCCAGUCCAGAAGCCCCUCUGGUUGGACGUUACAUUUUGAAGCCAAACUCAAAGAACAGCCUCAUAAAAGCUGAGGAAGUAACACAGAUGUCAACAGCAAAAGCAAGGGUACAUACUUAACUGAUGGCGCUGUGUGGAAAAGCCCAACAACUGGCAUGCUUAUGAGCGGCAGGACCAUUUCAGGAACAAUUUCAUAAAAUGUGUACACUGGGAUACUGCUCCCAUGCCCCAGGAGCUAUGGUUUAUAAAACUACCUCUUUUGAUUUGAGUGUCCCAAUAGCCAAGCUUGUCAGUGUGUUGUCUGCUUAUAAAAAAUUCUUUAUUGGCAUUUAUUACUUUAUAGCUGCAGACCAGAAUAUGUGCAGAUAACUAUUUAGAUACUCUGAAUGGGAAGCAGAUCAUAUAAAAAAGACUGGAUGUUUCUCUGUGUGGAGGCUGAAGUGUACAUGGGAGUGUGGAAACAAAAUAUUAAUAGCUCAAGAAAUUAAGUUUUAAGUGAAGCAAGUAUGUACUAUGUAAUCAAUAAUAAUAUUGUCCCUCACUGAGAAGGUAGCAGGUCUCUCUGAGCUUCAUCAUAGCUUCCUAAAGCAACUCAGUAUUCCAUGUGCAAAUAAUCUCUUAACUUAUUCUGGAUCAACAGAGAAGUCCUCCUUACCAUGUAGUGAUGGUACUUGCCUUGUUUUAAUUAAGUCAGAUAUGAACUGUGUGUUAACUGCCUGCAAUGAGAAAAAUUUAUGUUCUGUAGCAAAAAAGGGCUCUGGAGAGACUUCUGCUUUCACAGGCAUAGUCUAAAAUCAUUAUGUAAAUAAACAUUCAUUGACUAUGGUGUCUUUCCCUUUUGCGUCCAUAUUUUAGGUCAACAUUUUGUUGUUUUGUACAUAGUUUAUAAAAUAAAUUUCUCUUUUGUCAGUGAAGGUGUUGUCCUGUACAUCAUUUGCAAAUUCAUUGUUUAGGUUUUUUUUUAUUUUUUGUGUUGCCACAGUUUUAAAAGAUUUGGUCAACUAUUAGAGGGCUAAUGGCCAAUGAAAAGAAGAAAAGUAUAUCUAAAAUAUAAUCUGUCUUUCCUACCAGAAUAUUGGGGGAGGGAACCUAUUAGUCAUAAAUUCAAUAAGG